ACUCAUUACUCCAAACAGAGUCCCCACCUGAAUAUCUCAUCGAAACAUGGGAAACUUAGCAGACUUCUGCCGGCGUUUUUGGUGCCCUAUGAAGAAUCCAAAUGUGCGGGCCAGCCUGCCCGCGGUAUGCUUCAUCUGGCAGAUAGCUAUGAUCAUCUUGUUUGGACUCUUUGUGCGUUACAAUGAAGAAGCGGAUGCACACUGGUCGAUGCACAUGCAGGAGAAGAACAUUACAAGCAAUAUCGAAAAUGACUUUUACUUCAGAUACCCAAGUUUUCAGGACGUGCAUGUGAUGAUCUUCGUGGGUUUUGGUUUUCUCAUGACCUUCUUGAAACGCUACAGCUUCGGUGGGGUCGGGUUUAACUUCCUCAUUGCAGCGUUCGGCAUCCAGUGGGCUCUGCUCAUGCAGGGCUGGUUCCACUCGCUGGACCCUGCUGAUGGGCUAAUCAAGAUCGGAAUUGAAAAUCUCAUCAAUGCCGAUUUCUGUGUCGCCGGAUGUCUCAUUGCAUACGGAGCUCUCCUGGGAAAAGUCAGCCCGGUCCAGCUGAUGGUCUUGACGCUGUUCGGAAUCCCUUUGUUUGCGGUGGAAGAGCACAUAAUUUUGGAUCUUCUCCAUGUUAGGGAUGCUGGUGGUUCGAUGGUCAUCCACACAUUUGGAGCAUAUUACGGUCUAACCAUAUCGUGGAUCCUUUAUCGACCGAAACUGAAGCUCAGCAGCAGCCUUCACGGCUCUGUCUAUCACUCCGAUGUCUUUGCCAUGAUUGGAACUCUCUUCCUCUGGAUGUUUUGGCCCAGUUUCAACUCCGCCAUCUCAGAUCAUGGAGACGGUCAACACAGGGCGGCCAUAAACACUUAUCUGGCACUGGCUGCUUCUGUUCUCACCACGUUUGCCAUCUCUAGUCUUUCAGCCAAGAAGGGAAAGCUGGACAUGGUGCAUAUCCAGAAUGCCACCCUGGCUGCAGGAGUCGCCAUGGGAACUGCAGCCGAGUUUAUGAUCACAACAUACGGCUCGCUGAUAGUUGGAUUCUGCUGCGGGAUCCUGUCCACUUUCGGAUAUCUGGUGCUCACGCCACUUAUGGAAAAGUAUUUGAAGAUUCAAGAUACCUGUGGCAUCCACAAUUUGCAUGCCAUGCCAGGUCUCCUCGGAGGAGUUGUGGGGGCCAUCACAGCGGCAUUAGCCAGUGAGAGUGUAUACGGACAUGAGGGGUUGAUAAACACCUUUGAUUUCAAGGGGGAGUAUGCAAACAGGACACCUGGCACGCAGGGAGGUUACCAGGCCGCUGGUAUAUGCGUAGCUCUUGCUUUUGGAAUCGUAGGUGGCAUUAUCGUCGGUUGUAUCCUGAGGUUGCCAAUUUGGGGAGACCCAUCAGAUGAUAAUUGCUUUGAUGAUGAGGUGUAUUGGGAGUUACCUGAUGAGGAAGAGAGUCUCCCCCCUAUUCUCGAGUACAAAAAUCACACGACCGGCAAAAUCCCAGAGAUGUCGCAGAUGAGCUUCACUGUGGAGCAGAGCUGAUUCAACAAUGAUGCUCAGAGAUCCCCUGACUGACUCUUUUUAAGGAUGAAGUGCUCCUGAUCUGUUCUGUACUGUAAAGAUUCAGUUCAAUGUUAUAUUUAGAUAAUUAAAUAAUAUAUUUUAGUUUAAUAUAUAAGUUGAUGAAUUGACUUCUUUUGAUAAGUGUUAAUAGUUAGGCCUAUUUAUCUAUAGCUGUUAAAGUUGAUUAUGUACAUUAAUAUGUAAAGAUUUUUUUCAAAGUAUUUUUUUUCUACAGUAAAUGUGUUGUUAAAUAUAACCUCAAGCAUUUUUACAUAUAAUGUAUAUAAACAACCUUUACACUGCUUAAAUCUAGGCUUGAUUUCUAAACGGUAAUUUAGAUAAUUUUUUAAACUUACUAUCAAAAGCUGUAUUUUACACCUAUGUAUUGUUGUCUAAUAAAUAUUUUAUUAACCUUGA